AUGAUACCUAAAGGUAGUAGACAAGAUAUUGUAAACGCAACAAUAAACUCAUCUCUCCCGUGGAAUAGUUGCAAGCUUUUGGCACUAACAAAGAACAUGAGACUCAGAGUUGAGGUUGAUGAUGAUAGCAACAAUAAUCUUAGAUUGCUUGCUGAAUGGAUUCUUGCAAUAGGAGAUGGUCUAUGUAAUGGUACUAGGUUAGUGGUGACUAAAUUGGAGAACCACAUCAUUGAAGCAAGAAGCCUAACAGAGAACGACACAGACAAGAGCCAAGGACAAUCAUUAUCAAAUGUCAGAUUGGUUUUGAAGAAACCUGUCUUCACACAUGGACAGUUGUACGUGGCUGUAUCCAGGGUUACUCAUAGGAGGAGGCUCAAGGUUUUAAUAUGUCAUGACGAUCAUCAAAAGAAGAAAACAGAUAAUAUGGUAUACAAAGAGGUGUUUCAAAACGUAGAUUAA